UCCGUGAAUUCUCAAACCCCACCCGCCCGCACUAGAAACACAACCUUCGCCGCCGCCGGCCGAGACGAGGCCCAGGGAGCCGCCGCCAUGGCGCUACUUCAAGACAGUGUUCCUUUCCCCGAGUUCAACGCCGCCCUGAUCCUCCUGCGGCAGGUCAAAGCAAGCUUCGAUCUGGCCGUCUACGAUGAGUUCCUCGACCUCCUCGGGAGCUUCUACAGGGGCGAGAGAUCCGACUCCCGCGCCGUCCACGCCAGGCUGUUCGCCAUCAUCGAGAGCCAUCCCGACCUUGCUCGACGCCUCGGCGCCUUCUUGCGCGACCCCUUCCAGCACGAAGCCGUGCCCGUCCGCGAUGAUCCGCCGAAGCGGCCCAAGAGGGAGCGCCGCCACCCACCCGCCGCCUCCGUCGACCCCGACUGUGCCGGCGCCAUGCGGUUCCUCGAGCGGGUGAAGCAGGCGGACGCCGGACUCUACGACAGGGUCCUCGCGCUGCUCUUCCACGUCGGGACGGAGGUCACCCUCGACGCGAAUCAAAUCUACGACGAGGCCCGGGAGAUUUUCGGGUCGGCGCACAGGCAUCUCCUCCGCGGUUUCACGGAGUACCUUCCGACAGGGCGCGACUUCCUGAGGCGUCGCCCGAAGAAGGAGCCGCCGGAACAGCGCCGUGCUCCUGCACCCAAGCGCAAGGGCCCCGCCGCCGCGAUACCCGACGACGCCGCCGGCAAGAAGAAACGCAAGACGACCAGCCGACGCGCCUCCCCCGCCGCCGUCGAUGCCUCGAAGGGCGACGACAAAUUCGCCAAGUUUAGGGAGGCGUGGGAGUUCGAGACCGCGUACACCAACCUGGUGGUCACCAUGAGACGCACCAAGAAAGCACUGGAAGAACUCAAGCCAAAGCCAAAGAAGAAAUCACGGGAAGAAGCCGAGCCACCGGAAGAAGUCAAGCCGUCGGCGGGCCACCACGUGCGGCCGCGUACGUUCGAGGAACUCUACCCCGGCCGCGAGUGCCGGGAGGUUCUCCAGGAGAUGUACGGCGACAAGUUGGAGCCGAUGCGGGAGGCGCUCGAGGAUGGCGCGCGAACCGAGCUGGCUCUCAGGACGAUCCAGCGCCGGCUGAAGAAGCUGGAGCAGGUGGCCGUGCAGAUGACGAGGGAGCGGCGGGAUCCCGCCCGAGUUGAGGGCCGGAUGUACAAGCUUGCCGUAGAUCGAGUGGUGCACCUUCCGGGUCAAAGAGAAGCGGCAAGCAAUCCUGUUGGCCCGUGCGAGAGCCUGGCCGGCAUGUCUGAGACCAAGAUUGUCCUGGACCAAGAUUGCCGGUGAGCAGCGUGGCAUGAUGUAGCUUCGGGAAAUCGAUGCUCUCUCUUGUGUGUUGAAGAGGUUCAUUGAGUGGAUAGAGGUGUGUGCCAAAAAUAAUACUGAGUGCUACAAAAUGUAUCUUUUUGAGUCCUGAAUUUUGUUGUUUUUGCACACACCUCUACGGAUGUCUUUUCAAGGUGAAAUUCUGCAUAAUGUUAGGAUAUUUGUUGAUGUUCAUCCAAACGAAUUUCAGUUUUUUUUCUUCAA